AUAAACUUACAAAAACCCUAGAAAAACCCUCACUCGCUGACGACGUCGUUCAGCGGCUUCUUCCCCACCCCACGGUCAGCGACUCGGCGGCGUUCACACAGUCCGACAGUCCCACGGUUAUAUAGCUUAAAAGUCCCGGUUUCCUCAAACUUAAACCCUAAGCCCUGCUUUGUCCCACCCCACACUGCACAACCGUACAUAUUGAUACCUCUUAACUCUUUGAGUGGAGUAGUCGAGAAACAAUGGUGGUGAAGAGAAAGAGGAACGAUUCCAGAGGUGGAGAUGAAGAGGAAUCGGAAGCAAAGCUGACUAUGAAGAAAGAGAUACUACCAUCUAUGAUAAAAAACAAAGAUAAAAGAUCAGAGGUUCAUGCCAAGCUUAAGCAGCAGAAGAAACUCGAGAAGCGAAAGAAAGUUAAGGCUCGCGAUGCCGCCAUUUCCCGUGCUCUGGAGCUGGGUGAGGAGCCUCCAGCGAAGAAGAUCCCUCGCACUAUUGAAAACACAAGGGAAGUUGAUGAGACAAUAUGCAUGGUCGACGAUGAAGAGUUAUAUGCUGGAAUUGAUGCCGAUGAGUUUAGUUCAACUUUAAAGCGUGAAAGUACUCCAAAGAUAUUAAUCACCACAUGCCGUUUCCAUUCUUCGAGAGGACCUGCUUUUAUAUCUGAACUACUCUCCGUGAUUCCAAAUGCACAUUAUUACAAGAGAGGAACCUAUGACUUGAAAAAGAUUGUAGAAUAUGCUAAUAAGAAGGACUUCACUUCUAUUAUCGUCGUUCACACCAAUCGGAGGGAGCCAGAUGCUCUCCUAUUCAUUAACUUGCCCGAAGGACCUACUGCUCAUCUCAAACUAUCGAAUCUUGUUUUGCGCAAGGAUAUUAAGAAUCAUGGAAAUCCAACAAGCCACGAACCUGAGCUUGUGCUGACUAACUUUACAACUCGCCUGGGUCAUCGCAUUGGAAGAUUGAUUCAAUCAAUUUUUCCACAAGAGCCUAAUUUCCGUGGUCGAAGAGUCGUUACUUUUCACAAUCAGCGAGACUUUAUUUUUUUCCGACAUCAUAGGUACAUUUUUGAUUCAAAAGAAACUAAGCAGGCUGAUUCGAAAGGUAAGUCAAAGGAUGCAAAGGGUGAGGUCCCUCAACAGAAACUAAUUGCUCGUCUUCAGGAGUGCGGACCUCGUUUCACGCUAAAGCUAACGAGCUUGCAGCAUGGAACAUUCGAUACCAAGGGCGGCGAAUACGAGUGGGUUCACAAGCCGGAAAUGGACACUAGCCGAAGGAGAUUUUUCUUGUGACUUGGUUUGAAGUGUUGCUUUCGAGUAUUUGUGGUGAAAUGGCAGAGCUCAGUUGAAGUUCCUCGUCAUGAUUUUUUUACGUGAGAGAUUUAUAAAUAUUUAUUGAGUUGUUGGUAUAGUUAUGUAUGGAAUGGUGGAAAAAAAUAAAACAUGAUUUUUCUUCCUUCAUCCUGUCACCCACCCCAGUCUUCCUUGUGACCCUUGUUGUUAAUUAACCCGCGGUCGAAUUGUUCUCGGGCUAAGCUUGAGGAGGUCCAUUCUUAAAUUUUUUAUUUAUUUUGAAUUUAGGGAUUUUUUCUUAAAUAUAUAUAUUUUUUUACUUUUUUAC